GCUCACUAAUAUGUUCUUAGGAUACCCAGUGACAUCAUCAGCAUACAGUUAAAUAAUGUAGUCUGAUGUACUUCCUCAUAUAUGACUCACAGGUCGUCUUUAGAUAUUAAUGAUGUGUAAAGUUUUUGAAUGUUCUGACAGUAUUUUGUCUGUACAUCACCGUGGGGGUUCUCACUUCUCUGGAGAAUAGUUUUCUUGUCUGGUUGCAGUUUCAAUGUCAAACCAACCUGGGUGUCAUUUCUCUGUAGCUCUGACCUCACUGCUCUGCUGCACAACAAAUCAAGCCUCACUGAGUGUCAGUCCCAGCAGCUCUCAGCUGUUUGAAGGACAGUUUGUCUCUCUGAGCUGUGAGGAGGACGACAGCUCUGCUGGAAGGACGCUGAGGAGGAACACAACCAGAGAAACCAGGACUGAGUGUGGAGGUAAAUGGGGAAAAUCAACUGGUUCUAUGUGUAACCUCAGCCAUAUCGUCCCAAUGGACAGUGGAGUUUACUGGUGUCAGUCCAGAGAAGGAGCAACCAGUAACAGCAUCAACAUCACUGUCACUGGUGGAUCAGUGAUCCUGCAGAGUCCUGUCCUCCCUGUGAUGGAGGGAGAUGAUGUCACUCUGCACUGUAAAACAAAGACCUCCAACCUCCCAGCUGAUUUCUAUAAAGAUGGCUCCCUCAUCAGGACUGAGCCUGCAGGUCACAUGACCAUCCACAAUGUUUCCAUGUCUGAUGAAGGCGUCUACAAGUGUCACAGCAGCAGUCAUGGAGAGUCUCCACCCAGCUGGAUCACUGUCACAGCCCCGCCCCCUGUCUCAUCACCCCUCCAGUUUGUGUUCAGACUGGUCUGCUACCUAGUGGUGUUCUGUCCGUACUUCAUCUCCACUCUCCUCAUGGUGUCUUUAUAUCGACACAGGUCCACAGGAAAUGACCCGCCCGUCUCCAUGGUGAUGACCCCGCUGUUCCAGGCUGAGCAGGGAUUGGAUGAUGACUGUGAUGAUGUCAUCGUCUCUGUCACUACAGAGCAUCACUUCUGAUAUUUGGGACAGAGACACUUUUUACUUUUUCUGCUAACAGUAAAAUGACUUUUCAUAUAGUUUAAUACUUUUUAUACUGCUUUUACCAACCAUUCUAAUCUUUAAUUUUUGCUGAAAUAUUGGAUCAUUUGAACAUUUAUUGAAAUGAAAGCAUGUGAGAAGUUUAGAGGGAA